AGAGAAUCUAGAGGCAGCCCCUUCCCCUUCCCCUUCCUAUAUCGCUAUAAAUGGGGAUCACCUUUCCAACCCCCACCGCUCCUACCUAACCUUUUUAUAACAAAUUGUUUUCACGCCUACCCUCUCAUUUCACUUUAUAUUUCCUUUCUCUUUUUUUUUUUUCUCUCUCUCUCUCUCUUUCAGCUCAGGUCGCUCAUCUUCAUUCAUUAUUUGAUUUGACAUAUAUAUACACACACACAUAUAUUAUUGGAUUCUGGGGAUGGCCGAGGAGGGUUACAAGGUUAAUUUGAAUGUGUAUGACCUAAGCCAAGGACUAGCCAGACAGCUUUCCACCUCUUUUUUGGGGAAGCCUAUUGAGGGUAUAUGGCACACAGGAGUCGUUGUUUAUGGUAAUGAAUAUUACUUUGGAGGAGGCAUUCAACAUGCUCCUGCUGGAUCGACACCAUAUGGUACACCUUUUCGGGUGGUAGAUUUGGGAGUCACGCAUGUCCCAAAGGAUGUCUUUGAAAUGUAUCUGCAGGAAAUUAGCCCUCGGUAUACAGCUGAAACAUAUAGCUUGCUCACACACAAUUGCAAUAACUUCAGCAAUGAGGUUGCUCAGUUUUUGGUGGGUACAACCAUUCCAGACUACAUUCUGCAGCUGCCUAAUGAAGUUAUGAGUAGUCCAAUGGGUGCUCUUAUAUUGCCCAUGAUACAAAAUCUGGAGACAACAUUAAAAGCUGGUGCUGUCCCUCAAGUUCCACAAUUUAGACCCGCAAUGGCCCAGCCUUUGCAACCAGUGACCACUGCAAAAUCUGAAGCACCAACCAAGUCUGAGGAUCCAAAGACAACGAAAAAUGCAGUCCCAGCUGCUGUCAAUCCUGCAGGAGAACAGAAAUUAGUAGUCAAUGGGGUUGUAGGAGACCCUCUCGGGAAUGCUCGGAGCAAGGUGCAGGAGGAGAUCUGCAAUGAAUUUGCUGCAAUCAUGGCUACUGGGUCAUUGCGUGCAAGUGAGGCCGCAGCUCUUGCAACAAGAAGAGUUAUGCAAAGAUAUGGGAAUACAAGUUCUGCAGUGCCACAGAGUUGAAAGUUUAGAAUAAUGAGAGGUGAUUCUUUUUAGGGUGGUUGCAACUUUUAACUGUUAUUUGUCGAGUGUGGGUCUUUUAAGGAAGACCCAUCAUCUGGAUUGAUGAUUUAUAAUGUAACUGUAGGGCUCUAAUUUAAGCUUUGCUUUUACUGACCCACUGGGCACUGGCAUACGACACUAGUAAGCUUGAGGGGAUAUUGAUUUUUUAUUUAUUAAAAUUGUAGAUUGCACCCCUCAAUAAUGGACCAUAUUGAUUUCCUCUUUAAAAUAAAUUUAGUUAUGGAUUCUGUUGUUA